AAAUAAAACGAAUAGUUUCGCUUUACCGAAUUAAAUGGCAACAGAGUAUUAGUGUCAUCGUCUGCCUGUAUAGCAAAUGUAUAUAUAUCUCUUUCCAGAAUAAUUGUGAUUGUUUUUUUUUUAUUGAAGUGAGAAAUAAUUAAGGUCAUGUCCAGUGCAGGUUCGCAUCCAUUUGGGUAUGGCCAAAGUGCUAAUAAUGCUUUAGGUAUGGGAACACCAACUUUACAACAAACGCCUCGAAGUUUGACCGGUCAGCAAUUCCCUUCUCGGUCAACUGGAAAUGGUAGUCAUGUUCAAGGUCAUGUAACACCGACGAGUUCAGGGAUGCCAAAUUUUUCUCAGUGUCUUCCCAAUAGUAUCCCUCCACAACAACCUUCACCCAAUCGGUACUCAUCUCAGUCUUUUGGUGCUAAAGAAGAAAGCAGGAAUAUUCUCAUGGGAACUCGAGCACUUCCAAGUCAAAGAACUUUAACGCAAGAUAUGAAAAGGAUAGUUGGAAUUGGGCCUUUAGGAGGAAAUAUGCCAUCAUCUGAUGAUUCAUUUAGUAAACGGGAUAGGAGCUCUAUGUUUAAUGUAGGUGUAAAUUCUCUAGCAGCUAUGGCAAAUAGAACAGGUUUCUCUCAGAAUAGUAGAGGUUUUCCUUUACAAGGUUUAAUGAACAAUAGUAUGCAGCCAAAUAAUUUUUCUUCAAGUCCAGGUUUAAUGAACAACAACAUGCAGUCAUAUAACUUUUCUACAAGUCCCGCAUUAGAUCUCUCUGAAUUUCCUUCUCUAACAAAUCGAAGUUCUCAAGAAAAUUCAAGUGCCAAUAUGUCGCACAAUCCAAUGGCUGGUCGGCCACCUUAUGUUGGAAUGGUGAAACAACCUACUAAUGAGUCCAAUGAAUUUCAAAUACACAGUGAAGAUUUUCCAGCUCUGCCAGGAUCUCAAACUCAAGAAAGCAAUCAAGAAAAUGUCAAUAAAACGACAUCUGGGAGGUGUUUAGAAACAUCAAAAGAUUCCAAUCAUUUUUCAAAUGAUAAAUCAAGUGUAACACAGAAAAGAGGAAUUCAAACAUCAAAAGAUGGUAGAGUUACUAACAUUCCACCCGGUAUGGUGACGGACCAAUUUGGCAUGGUGGGGUUGUUAACAUUCAUCAGAGCAGCAGAAUCAGAACCAAAAUUAGUCUCUUUAGCUUUAGGAAGUGAUCUUACAACAUUAGGUCUUAAUCUUAAUACGACAGAAAAUUUAUAUCCUAACUUUAGUGGUCCUUGGGCGGAGCAUCCAUGUAGACCUCAAGACAUAGAUUAUCAUGUUCCAGCUGAAUACUUGGUUAAUCAAAGUAUCAGAGAUAAAUUAGCCCCAGUGAAAUUAAACCGGUAUGGUGAAGAUCUUUUAUUUUAUUUGUUCUACAUGUUUAGCGGAGAUGUACUACAAAUAGCAGCUGCAGCUGAACUAUAUAACCGUGACUGGAGAUUUCACAAAGAUGAAAGAGUAUGGAUCACGAGGGUUCCAGGAAUGAACCCUACAGAAAAAUGUGUUUCAUUUGAGAGGGGGAUGUACUAUUUUUUCGAUGCAGAUAACUGGAGGAAAGUUGCAAAAGAAUUUCACCUGGACUACGACAGGCUGGAGGACAGACCAAACGUGCCACCAGCGGUGUCAAGUUUAGCACCAUCGCAGGCAGUUCUGACGUAGUUCCUUUACUUUUUAAUCUUGUUAUUAGUACAAAAACUAAACGAAGGAACAUCCGAGUCAGAAAUAAUCAUCUGCCGAUUACUUACUCAUGUCAUGUCAUCACGCCUUUUUUUGUACACUCCAUUCUAUGAAAUUUGCGUGAUGCCAUUUUAUUUGCUAACUUAAAAAAAAUCUACUGCAGUCAAACGUUAUCCAUUGUCUCUGCAUUUAUUGCGUUUAGCCCAUGUUUUAUUGCUAUUUUGUUUAAUUUUACAGUAGAUUUUUUUAUUAGGUAAAAAAAAUGGUUUCUGCAGUUUUCAUUAUUCAUCGCUUGCAGCACUUGGAUCAGUUGCAUUCAAUGUUUACAUAGUUUUGCCUCUUUGAAAUAUUAUUUUCUGACAUAAAAUAGAUUAUCCUGCUUUAUAUUAUUUUUAUGGUUUAAAAAUGCAAUUUUUUGGGGAUUAUUUAUGUUAUUUAUUAGAUUACUAAUGUUGCAAUUUUUUAGUUGAAUGGAUUAAGUCACAUGGCCAUAAGUAUUUUAGCAAUAUUCUUUCGUGAUAUAUUCAUUCAAAUAUCAACUGUGCGAUGUAUAUAGUGUAAUAUGCUUGAUUAUUGAAAUUUAUUGUUGAAGUAUGAUCUAAAACUUGAGUUCUUGUUUCUCCAUCAAAAUAAUUUUUAAAUAUCACUUUCAAGUUUGUUUUUUUUAUAAUAGGUAUAUAAUUUUAAUUUUAAAUGUAUAAAAUAAUUUAUUUUUAAAAAUAAUUCUCUUAUUUUUAAUAUAAGAGAAAUAAAAUGCAAUUUUAUUUCUCUUAUGCUUGAUGUUUGAGUAAUGAUAUUUUUUUUUAACAAUAUAUUAUUAUUAAUAUUACACAAAAUUUGGAAAAAUUUGUCCUUUAUAAUAAGUCACAUCAGAAAUUUCUUUUUUACAUUAAUGUGUAUAUUAACCACUAAUAUAAUACUUAAUUAUUAAUCACAGGUUAUGAUAUAUCGGAAAACAUAUUAUUAUAAAAAUUUAUUCUGAAAAUUUUAAAUUAUUUUUAAAUAAUAAAAAUAAAAAUUAGGGAGAAAAUAUAGACAUUGAAAAUUUCUGAAAUUAGUAUGUUGGUAAAAUAUUUUGCAAUAUUGCUUUCAUAUUUAUCUAAUUUAAGUUAAAAUAGUUUCUGAAUGUGCUUUUUUUUCUCGACAUUUUUUUCAAAUAUUUUGCCCUUCAUAUUAGUGAAAACCAAAAAGUAAUUUGUAUUAAUAUAAUUCUAGACAAUUUGAUGUAUGCUUAAUUACAGAAACUAAUUUUUUAAAUUAUUUUUUCGAUAGCAACGAAAUAUCAUUUAGAAAAGUAUAGGGAUUUUACAUUUUUCCCCCUAUCUUUUAAUCUAAACUUACAACUUAUUAUUUGUAAUUGAUAGAACUAGAAAGACAGGAAAAAGAAAUCUCCAUUAAAUUUAAGUUAAUCUAAGUUUAAAUUUUAAUCAAUAAUCAAUCUAAAAAUGAUGAUUUAUUUAUAAAAAUUAUUAUUGUUUUUCGUAUCAUAGCUUUUUAAAUUUUUCUUUAUAAAAUUACUUAAUAUUAUCAGAAAAGACUAGGAUAAAAUAUUACCUGAAUAUGACUUAUUACAAAUUUGCAGCAAUUAGUAUUACCAAAGUUUAUGCUAGCAGUUUAUACCAAAGGUUGAAAAAUUACAAUUUUCUUUUCUGUAUUAUAUUUGAAAUAUUUGCUGCGUAACAGCCAGAAAAGUACUAAGCAUAUAGUAGACAUCAAAAUAAUCACUCGCCACAUGGCGAGUCUAAAAAAAAAAAGUGACGAAUUAAAUAAACAACCGGCCACUUUUUGCUCUUUUUUUUGGAAAUUGUUUAAUCAUAAAAGUACAUCAAUAUAGAAAGACUUUGAAAGACUUAAUUUUCUUUAAAAUGCCUAAUAUUUCUAUUCAAUAUUUUGAGCCUAGAAUCUAUGAAUUUGUGAUGGAAAGAUUCAUGUGGAUAGAAAAUUCAUGUCUUUCAAACUUGUAAUGUGUACAUAAAAUAAAUUCGACCUCCCCAAAUAUUUUUAAAUAAAGUUAUUUUAAGUCACUAUGUUUGACUAAAUUUUGUCAUAUAUUUGUUAUUUUUAUUGUUAAAUUAAAUUUUUAUAGCCAUAGAUUAUUUUCAAUAUGGUUUUUUUUUAAAAUAUAAUUUAACCAAAAAGCAAAAGAAAUUUGCAAAAAGUUGCUAUUAAAGCAAAAGGACCUAUUGAUAUUGGUCAUCCACUCAAUAGGUUUGAGGAAAAGUAAAGUGGCUACUAAAUUAUUAGUGUACCGGCCACUGACUACUAACUAAAAAUUAAAAUUUUCAGUUCUAGCAUCUAGUAUUUGUAAAAUUUUAAAAUUAUGAAGUGUUUCUGAAAAAUUUAACGAUUGUUAGUUAUAUAUUCCAACAGCUAUUUUUUAAUUGAAAAUAAAGAUAAUAGUAUUUAACCGGAUAGAUAAGAAGAAAAAAGUUAAGUUGUGAUCAAUUUUAUUAUGUGUCAUAUAAUAUAAAAUUUAACUUGUUCAUUAAAACUUUACUAGAAGACAGCAUUUAUAGUGUUAAAAAAAUAAUCCAAAUUAAAAAAGCAUGUUGUUCAAUAUGCUCAAGAUUUUUCAGAGAAUUCAGUUCAAUUUAUGACGUAUUUAAUUUUUCACCAAAUCCUUGAAAAAUAUUAUUACUAAGUAAAUGUUUAUUUUAAAUUUUAUAUUUAAUUUUCAUUAUGCGUGAGUAAUAUUAUAAGCAUUUCAUUUAAAUAACAUUUUAUAUUAAAACGCAACUGGUUAUGUAAUAAGUGAAUUAAAUUAUGUAGUAAUAUAAAUAUUUGUCUAAAUAAUAUACAUAAAUUUAAAGUCUUGUUUUCCUCUUUUUACCUUUAAACCUUAACUUUCAAACGUAGUCAGUCCAGUAAAUUUUUUCGAUUCCAACUCCUGUAACAUCAACUUCACAGCCAUGGUGAUUCUGUAAAAAUACUAAAAAGUGAUAACUAUAUAGUGUUAAUAGUGUUUUUUUUUUAUUUUAUAAAAUGAAUUUACUGUCAUUACUUGAUUAAAAACUUCAUUUGCUUCAAAAAUAUGUGAAUUUGAGAAAAUAGUCGACAUGUUUCAAAUACUCAAAAAUAGCCACCCAGUUUCAAGACUUGCUAGACAUAAAUGAGAAGAGAAAUAGUGAUUUGAAAAAUAAAACAUAAAAUUGCCAGCAAAAAAUGAAAAAAUAAAGGUGAGAAACAAAACUAGAAAAAUCGCAGUAGCUGAAAGAGAAAAAAUAUUGUACCACAGUAGCCAAAAAAGAGAGAGAGAAAUUUUUUCUCUCUGUGUGGUUUCUCUAGUUUUGUUUCGCACCUUUAAUUUUUUAUUUUUUGUUAUCAGCUUUAUGUUUUAUUUUUCAAAGCACUUUUGUCUCUUCUCAUUCAUAUCUGGAGAUGCUAUUUUGAGUGCUUAAAACAUAUUGACUUUGAUUUCCAUCUUCAUGUUUUUGUUGCCAAUAAAGUUUUUUAAUCAAAUAUGUCUUCCUACUUCAGUUUCUUGGGAUUAUUUAUUUAACAUUCACUAUUAGUUAUUUUAUUAAACAAAAGCUUUUUUUUCUUAACAAAAAAACUUAACUGAUCUCAAUCUUAUACCCCUAAGUAUCAGAUAAAUAAGAUACUAAAUUUUUUACUAGCAGCCUCAUAAACUUUUACAUUCAGUAUAAAGUGAAUUUUGAAAGCAAGUCAGCAAAACAUUCCAAAAUUUUACUACAUAUUCAAUAAACAUUUUUACUAUUGCACUCAAUAUUUUUUCUGUGAGGGAUUGAAAAUAAUUGGUUCCUUUCAGAAAAUAUUUUUGGAGUACAGACAAAGUUAUGUUCACUUCAUUCUAAAAAAAAUGCACAAUACUUGCCUCAUUUUGUUAUAAUGACUAUAUUUUAAAGGUGACGCUCAUGCAGGUACUAACGUACUAGUUCCCCUCUAAUUGUUGACUUGAAUCACCGUAAUUUAUUCAUUGUUAUGUAAAUUAACAUAGAAUAUUUUUGUGUGUCAAAGUUUUAAAUUUUUGUAAUAUAGUUGAUAUGUAUUGAGUUUUUGAUUCUUUUUAAAAAAAACUUAAGUUUUUCUGUAUUAAAUAUAGUAAUGUUGUUAACUUUUAUAUAGUAUUUUGUAAAAAAUAAAUAAUUACUUUACUUAAAAAUGAAAAAAAAAAGAAAGUUACAAGCAAGGUAUCCAAAGUGUCACGGGUCAAUCAAGCUGAAUUUUCUUAUACUGAUAGCUUUUAAGGGUAUAAAUUUACAUGUGAAACAAUUUUUUUUUAAAUUUAGAGAUGGUUAUUUAAAACUUCAACUU